AUGAACUCGUCAAACUCCAGCCACCAGCAUUUGUUUCUUCAGCCAAUCUGGGAUUACAUGCUUACCGAGUUUGGUGACCAAGUGAGUGGACCUUUUUUCCCAGUCUUGUUGGCAUUCACUGGCUAUGUGUGCUUCAGUUUUCCCUUUGCUGUUAUAGAUAUACUGGGAGACAAAUGCCAGUUUUUUUACCAAUACAAAAUUCAGAAGACCAUGAGCCCAACAAUAAGGAUGAUGGCCCUCUGUAUCUGGAAGUGUGUGUCCAACUAUGUGAUCUACGUCUUUCCUACUGUACUUCUCAACUGGCUGUGGAUGCCAAGUGUCUCCUUGCCAGUGGCUGCUCCUUCAGUGUGCACUCUGCUUGGAGAGGUCUUCGGCUGUCUACUUCUGUUUGACUUCCAAUAUUUUAUAUGGCACAUACUGCACCAUAAAAACCACUGGUUGUACAAGAAAGUGCACGCUGUCCACCACAAGUAUACUGCUCCAUUUUCAUUGUCUAGUCAGUACCUUGGAGGCUAUGAGCUUAUGACUGUUGGGUUUUGGAGUAGCAUUAAUCCCAUUCGAUUAGGGUGUCACCCAUUAUCAUCAUGGACCUGUAUUUUGCUUAGCAUUUGGAUGUCAGUGGCUGAUCACAUAGGCUAUAAUUUCCCAUGGUCUCUUAAUCAUAUCCUACCCUUUGACUUAUAUGGAGGGGCACUGGCUCAUGAUUUGCAUCAUCAAAAACCAGAUACAAACUUUGCCCCUUAUUUUGGACAUUGGGACCAAAUUUUUGGAACGUCUUGUUCUAUAAUAGACAAUGCAUGUAAUUGAAGUCAAAUUUUUCAAGAUACUGCUGUCGAAACUGCAAAUAUUGGAGUAAAGGGAAACUGAACAGUGGAUUGUA